UGGAAAUGAUAAAAGCUCGUCCCAACCUUUUUCAACUAUAACCAUCAUCUUCUACCCCUUGCUCAAUAAGCUACAAAACCUAAUAAUUCCAACAAUCCGAACAAUUUCCCCGCAGAAAAUGGCUACGGCUGGCCUCUACCGGAGAGCUCUUCCCUCUCCACCGGCAAUUGAGUUCGCUUCUUCCCAAGGCAAGCAACUCUUCAAGGAAGCUCUUGCUGCAGGGACUGUGGAAGGUUUUUUCAAACUGAUUUCUUACUACCAAACGCAAUCGGAGCCUGCGUAUUGUGGACUCGCCACCAUCUCCAUGGUCUUGAACGCUCUGGCAAUCGACCCUGGAAGAACCUGGAAAGGGCCUUGGAGAUGGUUUGAUGAUUCUAUGUUGGACUGCUGUGAGCCUCUGGAGAAGAUUAAAGCUGAUGGCGUCACAUUUAAGAAAGUGGCCUGUUUGGUUGUUUGCAAUGGGGGUAAGGUGGAUGCUUUCAGGACAGAUGAAUGCAUAGUUGAUGACUUUCGGAAACAUGUAAUUUCGUGUACUUCUUCGGAGGAUUGCCAUGUUGUUGUAUCAUACCACAGAGGAGUUUUUAAGCAGACUGGAACAGGUCAUUUUUCACCAAUUGGUGGCUAUCAUGCUGGAAUGGAUAUGGUUCUCAUUUUGGAUGUUGCAAGAUUCAAAUAUCCGCCCCAUUGGAUUCCUCUUCCACUUCUCUGGGAGGCGAUGAAUACCAUUGAUGAAGCAACAGGACGUUAUAGAGGGUGAACUCUCCUUUUCUUAGACUUCCAUCUUAUUAAUAAGCCUAAGAUUGGAAGCCUUAGAAACUUACUACUUUAUUCUUUAUUUUAUAUUACUGUUAUGUUUAUAGUACUCUAAGAAAUUGAUGUCAUAUCUCAUCCUGUCUUUUUUUUACUCCUAUGGUUAUCCUAAUAUUGUUUCCUUUAGCGUGGAAUAAUAAUUGGUGCAACUCCUUUUUAUGUUUUAGCCUCUAUUUUCCUUGGUCUGAGAAGGAUUACAACAAAAACUGCCAUCUCAUUGGUUCUCAAAAGUACUAGCUUAUCUGUUACAAUAUCUAACAGGUUUGAUCUAGUCAUCUAGUCAUAACUUGUGCUUCCUUUUCUCAGGUUCAUGAUUAUUUCAAGGCCUCUCAAAGCAACAUCCAUUCUCUAUACUCUGGUACAUUAUCUUUGGCA